GUGUGUAUAGAUUUUAAAACUAAAUGAAUGGAGCGAUUAAUCAGCAGUACUUUAUAACAUUCCAAACUGCUGGGUUUGUUUUUCUUUCUAGUUUUUAGUGAAAGUAACUAUAUAUUCUUUUUCAAUGCAGUUGCUCAUAAAGCGCUAUUUUUUUAAUCCAUUGUAAACACCGAAAGUGAGUCUUUAAACACGUGUUAAAUAAAAAUGUACUGAAAUCCUUUACUGCACACGUGCUUAAAAGUAUUUUUUUAUUUUUUUUUGGCCGAGCACCAAAGCAAUUUAAAAAAAAAAAUUGAUGAAAAUAUGUCAAACUUUAGAGGCAAAAGUAUUUCAAGGAGCCUAGAACGAAUAUUUUCAAAUAAAAAUGUAUGACACGAAAACAUGUUCAAAUAUCACGUUUAAUUUUAACAAAUAAUUUUUACCUUUAAUACAUACUUAGUUUUAUUAACCUAUAUAUUUGUUUUAUUUCCUCGCAAAAAGCAUUGAAAAAUGUUGUAAGAAACUUGAGCGUAAAAGGUUUUUCGAAUUCGUGCCAAUGAAAACCCUCGCUAAAACCUUACUUUCCGCACUCGUAUCUUAAAUAACUAUUACCUUUCUUUUGUUUUCACGCAGUCUGAUUUUUUUAUAUAUUUUUUUUCCAAUACUACAAACACAUAUGUAUGUCAGGUUUCCACUUGUACGCUAUGCUGGUGGAGGUGUUCGAGCCGGAGCGUCCGCGCGCGCGCUGGUACUGCGCGUGCGCGUACCUGGCGCCCGCGCUAGUGGUGCUGGCGUCCGCCGCCGCCUACCCGCAGGGGUACGGCACGCGCGCGCACUGCUGGCUCUCCACCGAGAGACUGUUCGUCAUGAGCUUCGUGGGACCGGUCGCUCUAGUGCUCGCGGCCAACUGGAUAUGUCUGAGCAUGGUGAUUUAUAUGAUGUGCCAUCACUCAACAGUAUCAAUCAAAGCUAAAGAGAACUCAAAGUUAUAUAAAAUAAGGGUGUGGUUGAACAGUUCUCUGGUACUGGCCUUCCUCUUGGGUCUGACUUGGACCUUCGGCUUGUUGUAUCUGAACGAGCAGACUGUAGGCGUCGCGUAUGCGUUCACUAUCCUCAAUUCUCUACAGGGACUCUUCAUUUUCAUCUUCCACUGCUUACAAAACGAAAUUUUCCAAAAGGAGUGCGGCCGCCUGUGCCGCCGCCACCCGUGGCUGUCGUGUUGCCUGCGGCUGACGGGCGCGCCCCCUCCUCCCCCCUCCACCACCAACCACGUGGACACGCGCCAGGGCUCCGUCAAGAGCCGCCGCUACCACCAGAACGCGUCCGCCGACGCUGAGGACGUAGUCGAUCCGAGAGACGUCACGAACACUUCUUCUAAGCUCCAUCCUGGUAACGCAGCGACUUUACCCCACCAUGACACUUUAUCCCGGCAAAUGGUCCAACAAAACCAUUUACACAGCCCUUACAAUGAAUGCGAUAUGCCUAUAGCACCGGGAUCUCCCCGUCAUGUGGUCAAAGACGAGGAGAGUCCUCUCCAUCACCAAGGGUAUCAAACCACGCGCAGCUACAACCAUGACUUCAGAAACCCUCACGUUUAUAUGUCCCAACACUCCCCUGGUAGCCAAGAGAUGAUCUUUCGGAAACACUACAAAGACGAGAACAGGAGGAAACAUCACCACCACAGUCAGAACGUGAAUCAUACUUACUCGGAAAUUGGACCGCAGCAAGCCCGUAUGUAUCGUCGCGGCUCCGAGCAGGAAUUCAGGGUCAUCCAAGACGACCCAGUUUACGAAGAAAUAGAAAGAAAUGAAACACUCAUGUCGGAUAUGUCCGAUGACAACUCAGGCCCUGACAAUUGCCGUCAGGUUCAACACCACGGCUCGUCGAGCUCCAAGUUUUUUGGGGACCAUAGGCCUCUCAUCUCCUACAGUCCGGGUGAGAGGCAUCAUCACGACGAACAUUAUGGAAAAUAUGGCAAAUGGGAAACUUUAGAACGCUACGAUCCGAGGCAUUACGAAAGCGGUAGACUUAUGCAUCCGUACCACCAGCCCCAGGAAAACAAUAUGAGGGCAUUGGCCGCCGUAUUGAACGGGGAAAAUAAUGUCGUGUGCCAUUUGGAACCGCACAAUUCUUAUGACGUAUACCAACCACAGAGUGGGAAUCCGAGGACUGUGUCGCAGCCCAGUUUUUAAAAUCGGUGAAUUAUGUGAUCAGAGCGUAGACGCUCCAGUUUUUUGUAAUAUUUUUUGAGUGUUGUGACUUUCAACCGAGAAUGUACAGAGUAGGCAAUGAAUUUUUCUAUGGACGUAGACAAUAGAUGUCUUUAUAGAAACCACGAUAAGUGAUAGCGUUUACGUAGAAACCUUGCCAUAAUAUGGACUUUAAAAACGUAUAUUUAUAGUUUAGAAUGUAAACCUACAUCACUUUCUCCACUGUGAUCCUACUUAAUUAUAAAGGCUCAAGUUUCAGUGACCACUUUUGAGUUGUAGGCGCUUGCAUACACGUCGUACGGAGUGUUGGUGAUAGUACCACUUGUUAAGACUUGUCUGCGAGUCCCUUCGUUCGUUCAGAAACCUUUAGUGUGAUCAUAAAUUGUUAGUUUUAUUUAAAUUAUGACUAUGUAGUAGUUUCAUAAAAAAAAAAAAAAUACCGCUGUAGGUUUCUGAACGAAAGUCAGAUUUUGUAUAUAAAAUAGUGUUUUAGUACUAGACUCUUAGUACUUCCAAUGUGACCUUACUAAGUCUAUCGGCCUUUUUACGUUGAGAUCAUGGCAUUUUCCUCUUUAAUUUGCAUUUCCUUUACUGUAGGAAUAAAAAUCUGUGAUGUUCAUUUGUACGCUUUAGAUUAAGUUUUUGCUUAAAUACUUCUGACAAAAAAAACACUGCCAUAAUAUAUUUAUUACAGUUGUGGCUUAGAAAUAGCAAUGUCACAGAACUUUUUAUACAUAAUAAUUAAAGAAAACUUCAAAAAAAAAAUAUGUCUAAACAAAAAUAAAACCUGCUACUUUUUAUAUUAAAUUCCCAGUGUUGCCAUGUUUAAGUCGCAACUCGGUAGUUUUUUUAAUAUGGCAAUAUGUUUACAUUUUUUUAUGUAACAGCAGCUUUCUUGUAAUAUAUUUUCCUAAAGAAGUUUCGGAAUAACUCCAUCCAAACUAUUUAUAGACUGACACCAAUCGAUGUUGUGCACUUUCUGUAAAUUAGAAUCUUAGGGCCUUAGUAAUAAAGACUUGUAUCAGCAUAUGCAGUUAUACUAUUGUUUUUCUCUUUCACUCUCAUUUAGAACCGUUAAAGAGUGAACAGUAUAAUAUAUUAUUGUUAUGCUCAUAUGACGUUUUAUUACUAAUGCGGUUAGUGUUUAAAAAAACUUACUUAAAAUAACAAAAAUAUGAUUUCGACCAUAGAGAAUAUAGACGAACAUAGUUUUUUUUAAGUCUCACAAUGCAAUUCGUUAUGUAAUAAUCUUUCCACAUAUAAGAUUUAUUUCUUUUGAUUCCCUUGCAUUUCAAUAAAUAAAAUUUAAAGAGCGAUUGGGAUUGUAAAAAGAUAGAUGUCUCUUUCACUAUUAUAUACAGAUAGAUUCUCCGUCGCACACUAUGUCCGUCUAUUGAAGUAAUUAAAAAUGUAUGAUGAUUUGAAACUGUAGAAUAAGUUGUUUUAAUGCCAUGUAAAAAUGUAUCCAUUCAGAUAAAAUGGAAUUGUCUCAUGAAUUGAUGCAAUGACAGUGCAACCUAUAUUUUUUUCUGUAUAUUUUGAAUCAAUUUAAGCAAUAUAUUAGACUGAAGUAUUUAAUAAAUUAUCGGCGAAACAAUGAAGGUAAAUUAAAAGAAAUGUAAUUUUUAGUACGUUCGAAGCCGGAAUUUAUGAAAUACUUUUAAAAAAUUGGAUAUGAAAAUAUCGAGAAGAAAAAUGUGGGGAAAUAUUAUUUUUUGUAAUUGGGUAUACUAGUCCAUGAAUUUUUCCCACUAUUUAAAUAUAGUAGGUACGAAAAUGUAAAUUUGUCUUGUGUAUUUCUGUUAUAUAACUAUAUAUAAUUUUUUUUUUUUGUUUGAUUGUAUUUUAACAUCGUUGACUAUAUUAAUGUAAAGUAGCAAAAGCGGAACAUGUAAAUAAUUUAAAGUUUAUAUAAAUAAUAAAGAGUGAUCGUUCUGAGAGGACGAACGCAAAUUAAUAUUUGUAUUUUCAUUUCCAAAAGAGAUAACAUAACUGCUAAUCUUACGAAUUAACAUAACACCUGUAUUGUAUUGUAUUGUUUCGAGUUGCGGAUUAUCUUGGGUUUAUGCAGCCCAGUAUCACUGCGACCAUUGCUGAUCUAUUGUGAUCUCCACAUACUACAGUUCACGGUCAAGAUUACAUUCUACAAGGAACUGUAGUAUUUUCUUGGCCGUAAGUUCUUUAAUAUCGUCUGGGUGCAUCACGUGCUUUCCCAGAUAGAUACAUCGUUUUCGCAUUAGUAACGGGCAAUCGGUCAAAAUGUGCAAAGGUGUUUCUUCUUCCUCCUUGCAUCCUCUGCACAUUCUACUGUCGCUGAUCCCCAUAUUGUGCAUGUGUCUGUUCAGUCCACAAUGCCCUGUGAGUGCUCGUACUAGUGUGCGAAGGUGAGUUUUGGUUAAGUUUAAGGCCUCUGAUGCCGCCUUUUUGUUGAAGGUUUUAAUCAGGGUCUUAGAGUGUUUCAUACCGGGAGUGUUUCUCCAUAGUUGAAUAGCUGCGUAGUGGCAGUAAGUUUUCAAGGUGAGCUGGGUUAGGCUUUGAGGGAUGCCACAGAAAGGUUCUGGUCCGAUAAGGGCGUCUUUAGCACCCUUUUUCGCCAGUUUGUCCGCCUGUUCAUUGCCCUCGUGUCCAGCGUGCCCUGGAACCCAUCGUAGAACUACUUUGUUGUUGUUGCCCAAAGAGUUCAGUGUCUGUUUGCAGUUCUCGACCAGCUUCGAUCUAGUUAUGUCGGAAGCUAGUGCUAAGAGUGCAGCUUGACUAUCAGAGUGGAUGUAGAUAGUAUGAUUGAGGUAGUUAUUUUGCAGAUUGGCUGCCGCACAUUCCAAAAUGGCGUACACCUCUGCCUGGAAUAUUGAGGAGUACUUUCCCAUGUUCAGACUUAUAGCCUUCCUUGGGGCUUCUCCAUGAAUUCCACAUCCUACCUCAGGACCGGAUUUGGAGCCGUCAGUGUACCACUUUAGGCUUCCAUUUUUCCAUACUAUACGAUUGUUUGACCAGUCGUCCCUGGUGGGUAUCUCCACAAGAUAUGACCUGUGUGAAUCGAUUCUCGGGGGCAUGGUGUCAGUAGGCAUCCCCAGGAUUGGUAUAUUGCAUAUUGAGUCCUUCAAGUACCUCAAAUUACCUGACAGCCAUGUCUUCGCCUCCAUGCUAGUAAUCCUGUACAUGCUAGCCCUCGCCACCAUUUCAAUGUGUAGAUGUAGGGGCGGCAGGUUUAGCAGAGCCUCAAGGGCUGCAGUCGGGGUGGAAGACAUAGCUCCUGUUACUAUAAGACAAGCAGUCCUUUGCAGACUGUUAAGUCUUGAUAUGAUAGUACUCUGUGUCGUUUUUCUACUCCAAACCACCGAGGCGUAAGACACCAUCGGCCUUAUGAUGGCUGUGUAGAGCCAGAGGGCUAUAUUGGGUUUCAAGCCCCAUCUAUUUCCCGCUAGCCGACAACAUAUCAUCAGAGCUGUUUUAGACUUCUGUAUAAUUCCGUCUACGUGUGCGUUCCAGGUAAGUUUCUGGUCCAGUGUUACCCCCAGAUACUUGACCUCUGUCGAGAACGGAAUGAGCCUCCCAUUCAUGGUCGGAGGCGAAAGCUUGUCCAGCUUUCGUUUCCUUGUGAAUGGGACGACCACGGUUUUGCCUGCAUUAAUCGACAGAUUAUUGUUUUUACACCAUGAGUUAAUUGUGUUCAGCGCCCUCUGCAUAAGGUGCGAUAGCAUACUUUGGCAGUUUCCUCUCACUAUCACCACCAGGUCAUCGGCAUAGCCCAGGGUGUCAAAGCGGAGUUCAGCCAUCUUAUGGAGAAGCUGAUCCACCGCAAGAGUCCACAGUAGCGGAGAGAGUACUCCACCUUGUGGGCAUCCUCUUGUUGUUGCUAACUCUAGUGAAUCAUUGAGUAGUUCCAUCCUCACUGUCCUACUCUCUAGCAUGGUUCUUAUCCAUCUUACAGUAGUGGAGUCAAUCUCUUUAUGGACUAAUCCUCUUACUAAUGUCUCGGUGGGCGUGUUAUCGAACGCUCCUUCCACAUCAAGAAAAGCAACGAGUGCUAUUUCUUUAUCGUCCAGUGCCUUUUCAACCUUGUCUAUAAGGUUUAGUAGGGCAGUCUCCGUAGAUCUGCCGCUUCGGUAGGCGUGCUGGGUAUCAUGUAUGGGUUUGUUGAUAAGACUCCCUUGUCUGAUAUAAUUGUCUAAUACCUUCUCCAUGGUCUUCAGAAGAAAUGACGUGAGGCUGAUUGGCCUGAAGGACUUUGGUGAUGUAUAGUCCUUCUUUCCAGCUUUAGGUAUGAACACGACUUUCACCUUAGUCCACAGAUCUGGAAUAUAUCCCCAGGCGAAACUGGCUCUGAAGAUUUUUACCAGAUAAGGGAUGAGAUUGGCGGCACCCCGUUGUAAAAGCACAGGGACUACGCCGUCAAUUCCACCAGAUUUAAAAGGUUUAAACGAGUUAAUGGCCCAUUUCACUAUUCCAGGCCUAAUAACGAGAGCGGCUCUUCUCCAGUCCUCUGGUAGAGGCCUUCGAAGAGUGAUCGCUACUGCAUUAUCAGUAGAUCCCGGAAAAUGGGUGAUAGCCAUUAGCUGCAAGGUUUCCUUCUCGUUAGUCGUGAAGGACCCGUUCGGUCUUUUAAGGAGACCUAAGGGAUUACAGUGUGCCUUUGCCAUGAUCUUAUGAAGUCUUGCUCCUUGAGGCGUGUUAGUUAUCUCCUCGCAGAACUUCCUCCAUGAUGCACGCUUGGCUUUUCUAAUUUGUUUACUGUAUUCGUUUAGGGCCAUCCUGUAGGCAUCCCAUUCAUGGGUGAUUUUAGCCCUAUUGAAUAACUUUCGUGUUUCCUCCCUAAGUUUUUUCAGCUUUGAGUUCCACCACGGUACUUUCCUUUUGGAUGAUUUGAUUUUGGGUGUACAGCUAGCCUCGAAGGCAUCUUUAAUGCCAUUAGAGACCGCCUCUACCGCGAAUUCAAUGUUCUCAACCGUUCUAAUGCAUUUAGGAAUUACUUCUAAGUUCCGAACAAGGUGUUUGUUGUAUUCAUCCCAGUCGGUGCGCUUAGGGUCCCUAAAUGCACUAGUAUGUGUACUUAGUUCUGAUGUUAGUUCUAAGCAUAUAUGCCUAUGGUCUGACACUGAGUUUUCGUUACUAACCCUCCAGUUUUCUACAUGCCUGGCCAGGUUGUAAGUGGCGAAAGAAAUAUCUAGCACUUCUUGUCUCGUCCUAGUUACAAAAGUUGGUUCACAGCCAUUGUUUAAAGUUUGAAGACAAUUGGUUACUAGGUAAUUGUUUAAUAACUCACCUCUGUUAUUAAUGUUUGUACUUCCCCAGUCGGUGUGGUGGGCGUUCGCAUCGCACCCCACAAGCAGCUCAGCAUGGUGUCUCCGGGCGUAGUCGACCACGGGUGUGAGCUCAGCAGUCGGGUCAGCUUUAUCUCCGGGCAGGUAGGCCGAGCACACGAGCACUCUGGGCCCGUGCCAUCCCUUGAGAUUGACAAAUGCUGCUACAAGGUCAUCUGUGCACAACUCUGUAACAGGCAAAUAGUUAGUGUUUUUGCUGAAAACAAUACACGCCCUGGGUUUCAAGCCAUCAAUGUUAUAAAGUACCUUACCAGCGGCUUUGAGUCCCAGUAUGGUUGAGUUAUGCACCCAGGGUUCUUGAAUCAGGGCAAGGUCGACCUUUCGUUCUGCAAAGCACUGUUCCACUACUGCGGAUGCAGCAGCGGCGUGUUGGAGGUUUGCUUGCAGAACCCUUGCCCGAGCCCCCUGGUUGGCCAUUUUAUUUCCCCCGUUUGGCAGCUUUCGCGGCACCCCGUGAUCCCCCCGCUAGAGGCGUUGGUCGCGCUUUAGCGUUCGGGUUUUGGGGUUUUGCCACUCCAGCUGCAUGCUUACCCUUCCCUCGCCGGCCCCCGCCCACGACCACCGGCGCUCUUCCACCCCGAGGUUGUGAGCCCUGGGGUUUCUGUGUUCCGCUGGUCGACGGCGUUGGUUCGGCGGCAGGAGGGGGUUCGGAGGAAGACUGUAGAUGCUGAGGGGCCUGAUGGUCGCCCUUGAUCUUGAAGUAAACCCUCUUAAAUCCGAGGGUCACCCAGUAAUCCUUCUCUUUGAGGGCUUCAACGGAAGGUUCGUCGAUGGAGAAGGUGACAAGCCUUCCUCCUUCUUCCUCCUUCUCGUUUAGGACCCUCCAGAGUCCAGGAUUUAUGCCUUUAUUCUGUACCCUCAACAGGGCUAAUGCCUCAGUAACUGAGGCAGCCUCCGUCUUGGGUACAAACGUUGUUGCCGUAGAUGGCCUUGGAAGCUCGCUCUCCGACAUGGUGGUCAGCUGAGCUUCAGGCCAUGGCUUCAUUUUUGGUGUUACAGCCACAAGCCAGUCAUGGCUAUACUGGUUCGCGCAGGUUACCAGUAUCCAUCCUGUCCUGUGGCUGAAACCGACAAAUUCAGGUCCAUCGCCCUCCGCGUCCAUUUUUGUUAGGGCCACGAUGAGGUGACGAUGUACGAGCGCCAUCUGGGCUUCCGUCAUGGGUUCCGAAUUCCGGAUCCCCACUCUGGAGGUCUCCGCCAUCUCCCUAUAGCUAAGGGGCUUUGGGCCGCCUGUGGCUGUAGGGCUUAACUUGGCGACUUUAUUGAUGUGCGCCUUAGGAGAGUCUUCCUCUGAUCUGUCCCUCUUGAGGGUCUUCACAGAGGUCGGCUUCGGUAUCGGAAUGUCUUUCCAUGGCUUGCGGCAUAACACAAGGGCUUGCUCUGUAGCUACCCCUGCUUCUGCCACUAACUUCCGGAGACGCUUCCGUGCUGCUCCAGACAGUCGCUUGCGCUGACUGCCUUGGCUCGUAUCCUCUACUUCGGAUGGGGCGUCGGGCGAUCCAGAGUUGCCUCCUUCGACCACGACUUCCACCUCCGUUGUAGGGGAUAGACUGAUGGGCGUUCCAGAGUCCUUUGCAGUCCUCUUCGCCUCAUCACGGUUCAUUCCGUCCUGGAUGGAUUCCAGAACGGAAGACAUAGGGUUUAGGCUAAUUUGAUUAUUUUUAUCCUUUUCCAUGUUGUACCCACGAGUAGCUAGGGAAAUAAAAGGUCACGAACGACAGAGCCCCGCAUGUCGCCCGAAGGGUUAUUUACUACUCCGAUUCACCCUGGUUUCGGAGAGACACCGUUUGAGACUGAUACCCUCAGCCAUUCAUCCCUCGGCACGGUACGAUUGACACCUUGGAUUGGGGUUUUUGGAGUCGAGGUUGUCUCCUCCCGGAAAGAUUAGAGAUAGGAUGGAAGGAAAGGUUAGGAGGGGAAUGGGAGGGAUGGGAUUGUUGGAAUUAUGACGGGAUUGAGGGUUCAGGACUGCCUGCAAGGUGGGACUGCCAUUGCAGACAUCGUCCCCAUACUUGGCUGCUUUGGGGUCCGGGGUAGAUGGUAAGUAUGCGGCGCCCGUUGCGAUCCCAAAACAUUUCCAGGGUGUACGACGCGGACGUGUAUGGUGGACUUGAGGGAAGAGUCUAUAGCUCAGCGCCGCAUACCAAAGCGUACUCAACCCUCCAACACCCCACAUAACACCUGAAGGUUAAUUCUGUUUCUGCAAAAAAGAAAUUUCGUCUAUCGAAAUGAUUAUACUAGUCCAAUUUUAUAUAAUUUAUGAUCAAGAAUUAAUUUCAAAAUCGAAAAGGGUGUCGCUGCUAGCUUAACACACACUAAGAUUUGAUGAUACGACAAAGAAGAAAUAAAUACCAAGUCGUUUGCUGAUUAGGACACGACAGAUGACAUCAUCAUUAUUAUCGCUAACCUUUUUAUUACUGCUGUGGCUGAUUCCCUAUGAAUGGAAUCAUGGAACAGAAUCGAAUAGGAAGAAUGGGCCAUUCCCACCACGCGGGCCCUGUGUGCAUUGGUUGACGACUGCAGAUGCAUCCGGUACCAACGGCUUGACAUGCUUUUCAGAGCG